AGCUGUGAUCACGAUGAACACUUUGCUUUUGUUGGCUUUGCUGUCAGCAGCUUCAGCCUUCCAUCUGUCUGAACGAGAAGAGUUUCACUUCAAGUCAUGGAUGGCACAGCACAACAGAGUGUACAGCAUGCAGGAGUACCAUGAGAGAUUCCAGAUAUUCUCUGAGAACAAGAGGAGGAUUGACAAACACAAUGAAGGAAAUCACACAUUCACAAUGGGGCUGAACCAGUUUUCAGACAUGACAUUUAGCGAAUUUCGAAAGAGUUUCCUCUGGUCUGAGCCACAGAACUGUUCAGCUACCAAGGGGAACUACUUCAGCAACGAUGGACCACAUCCAGACAACAUUGACUGGAGAAAGAAAGGAAACUAUGUGACUGACGUGAAGAAUCAGGGAGCUUGUGGCAGCUGCUGGACUUUUUCCACAACCGGCUGUCUGGAGUCUGUAACCGCCAUCAGCACAGGGAAGCUCGUACCGCUGUCAGAACAACAGCUGGUCGACUGCGCUCAGGAUUUCAACAACCAUGGAUGUAACGGUGGCCUUCCCAGUCAAGCUUUUGAAUACAUCAUGUACAGCAAGGGACUCAUGACAGAGAAGGACUACCCAUACACAGCUUUUGAAGAUACUUGCGCGUAUAAACAAAAACUAGCAGCAGCCUUUGUGAAGGAGGUGGUGAACAUAACCGCGUAUGAUGAGAUGGGGAUGGUGGAUGCGGUUGCCACACGCAAUCCUGUCAGCCUUGCCUUCGAGGUGACUGGUGACUUCAUGCAUUACUCCCAGGGCGUUUACACCAGCACUGAAUGCCACAAGACCACAGACAAGGUGAACCAUGCUGUGUUAGCAGUCGGGUACGGACAGGAGAGUGGUACCCCUUACUGGAUAGUAAAGAACUCAUGGGGACCUGGCUGGGGGAAUGGCGGAUAUUUCUUCAUUGAGCGUGGAAAGAACAUGUGUGGACUCGCUGCCUGCUCGUCUUUCCCGGUGGUUUGAUUUCCGCAUGUUAGCAAACCGCAAAAGGGCUGAAAAGAGAGCCAAGCAUGUGACUUUUAUAUAACCAGUAGCCUACUGUGCUUUCAUGAACAAAGGGCUUUUACACUAUGCAUCAAGUAAUUUCAAGAUGAAUCAACUAAUCUAAAAUGAUCACUCAAGUACCAAACAUUUAAUUCAUGCAUGAUGAAUAAAUAAAAUAU